UCCCCCCCUGCUGCCCUCCCCUGGGCCGGGGCAGGCAGGGCGGGCGCCCCGUCCCGCAGCCCGCGGCUGUCCCCGCCGGGCAGCGCUGUCGCUUUAAAAGGCGGCGGGCGGGCUGGAGGCGGCGGUGACGGCCGGGGCCAUCGCCUCCCGCCGGCUUUUCCCCCCCUUCCUGCCGCUCCGCCGCUCGCAGCCCGUUAAAAAGAGGAGGCAAGAUGGCCGAGCUGGGCAGCAAGGGGGUCACGGCCGGGAAAAUCGCCAGCAACGUGCAGAAGAAGCUGACCCGGGCGCAGGAGAAGGUCCUUCAGAAACUUGGUAAAGCAGAUGAAACAAAAGAUGAGCAGUUUGAACAGUGUGUGCAAAACUUCAACAAACAGCUGUCCGAAGGCACGAGGCUGCAGAAGGACCUCCGAACUUACUUGGCUUCUGUCAAAGCUAUGCACGAGGCCUCCAAGAAGCUGACAGAAUGUUUGCAGGAAGUUUAUGAGCCAGAUUGGCCUGGGAGAGAUGACACAAAUAAAAUAGCAGAGAACAAUGAUCUCCUAUGGACAGAUUUCCAUCAGAAGCUGGUGGAUCAAGCACUUCUGACCAUGGAUACGUAUCUUGGCCAAUUUCCAGAUAUUAAAUCUCGUAUCGCAAAGCGAGGAAGGAAGCUUGUGGAUUAUGACAGUGCCAGACACCACUUUGAAGCCCUGCAAACUGCAAAGAAGAAGGAUGAAACCAAAAUCGCAAAGCCUGUUUCGCUGCUUGAGAAAGCUGCGCCUCAGUGGUGUCAAGGGAAGCUACAAGCUCACCUCGUUGCACAAACUAAUCUGCUCCGAAAUCAGGCUGAAGAAGAGUUGGUAAAGGCUCAGAAGGUGUUUGAAGAGAUGAAUGUUGAUCUGCAGGAGGAACUGCCUUCACUAUGGAAUAGUCGUGUUGGUUUCUAUGUCAACACAUUCCAGAGUAUAGCUGGCCUAGAAGAGAACUUCCAUAAAGAAAUGAGCAAGUUGAACCAAAAUCUUCACGAUGUCCUGCUGGGUCUAGACAAGCAGUACUCAGGCAAUGCCUUCCCUGUUAAAGCACAGCCCAGAAAGAAAACUAAACUGUUCGCCAGGCUGAGGAAAAAGAUGAGCAGUGACAGCACCCCAGCGAAAGCAAAUAAAAGCCCCUCGCCUCCACCAGAUGGAUCUCCCAUCACCAGCCCUGAGACCAAGACUGUCAACCACGAGCUGGAACCGUCCACUUUGGAAGCACCUGGGGCAAGCAUCCCAAAGUCACCGUCUCAGUUGAGGAAAGGGCCUCCGGUGCCUCCGCCUCCAAAAGUCACUCCCUCCAAGGAGAUCAAGCAGGAGAACAUCAUCAGUCUGUUUGAUGACAAUUUUGUCCCCGAGAUAAGUGUGACAACCCCUUCGCAGUUUGAUGCCCCUGGGCCCUUCCAGGAGGGAGCCAGCCUGUUGGAUCUGGAUUUUGAUCCCAUUAAACCAGAUGCCACUGUGGGGAAGACCCCCACACCCGCCUCCCAGUCUUUACCUUGGGAUUUAUGGGAGCCUGCAGAAGCAGCCCGUGCAGGAGCUGAAGCAGCUGGAUCAGAAGCAGCAGCUGGAGCUGAAGCAUCUAAAACUGAAGCUGACUCAGGAUCGAGCUCUUUGCCUGCUGUUGUUGUGGAAACUUUCCCUGCAACUGUCAAUGGCACUGUGGAAGGAGGUGCUUCAUCUGAGAGAGCUGACAUGCCCCCAGGAUUUCUGUUCAAGGUCCAGGCCAUGCACGAUUACACGGCCACUGACACUGAUGAGCUGCAGCUGAAGGCUGGGGACGUGGUGCUUGUGAUUCCAUUUGAGAACCCUGAGGAGCAGGACGAAGGAUGGCUGAUGGGUGUGAAGGAGUCUGACUGGAUCCAGCAUAAGGAACUUGACCAAUGCCGAGGGGUUUUCCCUGAGAAUUUCACAGAACGGGUGCAGUGAAAGUCCAAGCCCACCAGCUGCAUUUCUGCUGGAAGAAAGCAAGUUUUCUGGUAGAUAACUGAAAAAGAACAACGAAAAGAAAUGAAGAGAGAAUUAUGAAGGAAUAGAAGCCUGAAAAAAAAGUCAACUUAAAGGGUGUGUUCUUCUCAAAGGGCAAGGUUUCAGAAGUUAAUUGAAAUUCAAAGUGUUAUUGAAAUAUAUACAUAUUAAUAAUAAUAAGGCAAUUCAGAUACCCUCUUCCCCUUUGGUUUAAACAGCAUUUGGAUUCAAAGGACUGAUGCAGAAGCAACUCAGUGAGGUUCUCCAAGUACUGCAUUGACUGAAUUGUCAGAUGUCAGUCUGGUUCUUGGAAAGGCUGUAUUUGUCAAACGGCUUGAAAGUAGAAGCUGCAUUUGCUCUUGGGUGGGUUACUCUGUUUUGUCUUGAAGGUGGCUUGCAUGGCAACCAUAAAAAUUCAGCCUUCCCUACAUCUUCAACCUACAGUAGGCCAAACUUUCUGUUAUGCUGUUGAAAAAAAAGAUUUAGUGUAUAGUGUUCAACCACUACAAUGUAUGUGUGUGUGUGUGUUUUAUUUUCUUCCUUUAAAACAAUGUUACAUAAACUGUGAUUUUAUAUAUGUAAAGGUAGAAGAAACUACAUGGAAAGGGCAUCAAGAAGGUGAAAUGUGUGAAGCUGUGCUCAGUCCAAAGUAAUUUCAAAUGUGGAGAUCUAAAUUCUCACAGUAGUGUUGGCCUUUGAAAUCCUAAGGGGAAUGGACAAAUUCAAGAGGAGAAACAAGACAAAACAAACAGAUGCUGUUUGGAUGUCUGAAAUUUAGGCGAGGGAAUCCUCUAGUACACGCAUCUCCAUCCCCUACCCCCCAAAAAAACCCCAAACCUAUUGGUGGUUUCAGAAAAUUUAGGUUCAUGUAGAUGGAAAAUAGCUGUAAAAUCUACUGGUUAGAAAAUUUGCUUUUAAAGACAGAGAUAAGGGAAGAAUUUUUUUUUCUGUAAGAAUAUCAAAGAGAAAACACUGAUAAAAAACAAAUUACUUUCUGUGCUUUUCAUUGGCGUUGUUUUUUGUGGAAUUGUAUUUCUUAUUUUCCUUUGAAGAGUUCUGUAAGUGAAAUAUUGUUAGAUCAGCUUUCUCAGUGCUGUGCUGAUGAUCAAGUUAACCUCUAUGAAAACUGGACUCUUGAAAUGCUCGUUUAAAAUGGCUGUGUGACUUCAUGCUAUUGUAAUGCAUUAGAAAGGAAGGCAAGAAUAUCAAAGUGUCAGUGUCAAGAAGACACUCUGCAGUCUAAUACUGAUGCUGAGUCCUUUCCUUUACCUUUCCUUUGCUUCUGUUUGUUUUGAAUUGUUUUUGUUUUUAUUUUUAGUUUAGACAAGCAGAUGACAAGGCAUAUUCUAAGUGCAUAUUACACUUGUUAAUAUAAGCCGGUCUGGCUCUCCAAGACUCUAAAGUCCCACAAAGGUACUUUAUAAACUUUACUUGAAUACAGAUGCAGCUGGCAAGCAAGUCAGACUAUUUUAAUUUUUUACAGCUUCCCUUCCUCCCCCAUGAUUGUUUUGCCCUGAAGGGAUUUUUAACAGUGAGGUUAUGCCAUGCUCAGGAUCACUCUGAAAUAAUCUUCCAAACUGGUAGGAGUUGGCUUUCGUCAAAGCUGCACAAAAUGCUGACAGAGUACUGAAAAUCUCACCUUUCCCAGUCUCUUUGGAUUAUAUGUAGAACAGCAGAAAAACAUUGUAGGGCAGAAAUUGUGUUUAAAAAAAAAAAAACCAAACCAACUUAGUUUGGAGGAACAGAUCUGAUUUUGAUUAGAAAAUAUAUUCUUAUAGAUGCAAGCAUUGUUGGAGUUCCUCCUGCUUUCAGCCUGGGAGAUGAUCCAUGCUAGUUAUUUACAGCAAUGUAACAGGCAUUAAAUCUGUCCUAUAUACCCAAAUCCCUUCUCCUUUUUAAAAGAAAAAAUGUGCAGGAAUUUGUUUUGCAUCACUGUUAGAAACCCCAAUAGUAUUUAGGAGUAACUGCUCACAAUACAGAAGGACUGGACUCCACAAAUUAUGGUAUAGUGAGCUGUUGCUUUAGAAUACUGCCCUGUUUGACUUUUUUUUCCUUUUUCAUCAGGGUUGUCUUUAUUAUUACUCUUUUUUGUUUUUCAAAGUAUCUAUUUUUAUGCAUUUGUGACUCCCAUUACUCCUUUAAAGAUUAUUCAUAUAAAAAUAUACAUUUAAAUAUAUAUAGAAAUAUAUAUAUAUAAAAAAAAGCGGGUUGAUCCAAUUAACAUAAUGCUGUCAGCUUAAAAUGUUUAUUUUUAUGCAAAACCUGUGGAUAAUAGCUUUGUUUUUUUUAAAAAAAGGACAAGAUUCUAAGUUACCAGAGCUGUGAUUUUUUGUCUUGUAGUAACUGUUCUAGACCAUUUAGAAAGCUGUGCUGAUACCUAAUUUAUUGUGGGGUUUUUUUUGCCGUUGUUGUCCUCUGCUGUGCUUGAACCAGAUGACUGUCCCAACAAAGAUCCUUGUAAGGCCUUUUGAUUUUAUUGAGCUUGCAGAGCAACUAUCCAGUACUGUAUUGUCCCUGCAGAAGUGGUAGCACUUUGCAAAAAAGGGAUGUUGUUUUCAGGUCACGUGAGCGAUGCUCCAGUGUUGCUGGUGGCGGGGAGAGUGUUGUGUCUCUCUCCAUUUGCUUCCCCCAAAACCCCCAAGCCCCCUGGCUUUUAGAGCAGGUUAGGGUGGGUUACCUGGAUCUUGCAUUGCUCACAGAUAAGUGGUGUCAGCACAUCUCAGUCAGGUUCUGAAAAUGCAGGAUCAGACCCACAGUUUAUAAAUUGCCUUAUGUGAAAGUAGGAUGGCAGAGCAGGAAACUUGUAGAUGGCAGUGUUCUUCAGAGCCAGGAGAUCUGUCUCUUGGAUUGUUCAGCCCCUUGUAAACAGCCAUGGCUCUUCCCAUUUUCAGUGUUUUUACAUCUCCUAAAUACCUUGAUUCUGGUUGGUAUUACCUGGAAAUGAACUUCCCCUUUCCUUUGGUUUAGAUCUGAUUCAAAUAGAAAGAGGGACAGUAAACUCCCAAGCAGGCUGUGCCCUUCUGGUUUUUCAGUUUGCAGGCUGAACUGAAAAUCUGAGAAAAAAUGUAAGGGUGACCUGAGACAAUUUUUUUUCUAUUUUCUCAGUGGAAUGAAAAAGGGAAAAAUUGAAACAAACAAAUCCUUUCAUACCAAAAUGAAACAUUAAUUUCUAGGCUUGCAUUUUAACAAUGUUACGUCUUGGGCUGUAACAGGUUGCUUUGAAGCAAAAAUGUGAAACCUUCUGUUUUGAAAAUGCUGAAAGAAAAUGUUUUAAUGUUAAUAGUCUUUUUGCCUUUGCCUUUUUUCUUAAUCUGAUGACUGGUUUCAGUUAACUCUAAACUGCAUUUUUUUGCAAAUACAUUAUCCACUGAAGAGAACCCAAAGAAGCCCAGUUCUGCUCACUGACAGAUACACUGGACACAUUUCAGGGAUUACUUGGUAUCUGGCCCAUCAAAGCUGCUGUUUUCCCCAUUUAAUAAUCUCCCACUUGACUGUUCUGGGUGAAAAAUAAAAGCAUCUCUCAUCCCGUGCCAUUGACUGGUUUUGUAGCUGGACUUAGAAAGACAUUCUUGCUCUGUUGUCUUCAGUUUGGUUACAGAUUUAUGGUACUACUCCAGUUUGAGCCUAAUCCUAGUAUGAAGUGUGGGAAUUAAUAUGUACCCAAUUGAUGAGAAAGAAAUAAGGUAUUGUUUCUUACCCCUUUUUCUAUCUUAGCAGUGUCAGUAAUAUAUCUAUUUGAUAGAAUUAAGGAAAGGUCCCAGGGGGGAAGAAGAGUGUGGUGUUCCAGGUGGCUUUCCCCCAUACUCUCUGCUGUUUUCCAUGGGAAUUCCUCAUCUGUCUGCUUUUAUCACCUUUGUUUUGCUUAGCUGUUGAGGUGAUGCAGUAAAUGGGGUUGUGCGGGUUCAUUUCCAGCUGCUCAAAGGUGGUAGUGCUUUGUGUGAAUUGUGCCACAAUCCUUGAAGCUUUGUUCACUGUUGCAGAACCCUUUCCUGUCCCACUAUCCUCAGACUGCGGCCAAGGCAGACAGCCCUAUGUCAAAGGGGACUUGGAGCAGGAGUCAGGACUCCAAAUUCUAUCUGGAACUGGGAUGCCAGUUCAAUUAGGUUUUGCAGUAGCCUCUUGGAGGGAAAAGGCCCAAGGCUAAGGAGAUGGAGGAGGAUAGAGGGAUGAUUCAUUAUCUUUGUCAGGUUGGGUUGAUACCCUGACUCCCUCACGUCUUAGUUCCAGGGAGAAACUCUAUAGGGCUGAGAACAAAAUAGGAAUGGCCAAGAUGUGUAUGUUCAAUCUGAUAACAGGUGCUCCUUGCCUGCCAGUGGCACUAGGUUCAGAGCAUCCUGUUUCCUGCUCUGUGCCAGACAGAUGUAAUGCUCUGCCACAGAUAUUUUGGAUUCUGUUCAGUCAAUGCAUCAAAAGAGUGAAUGUCCUUGUCUGAAGGAGGCAGAGGUGUCUCUCAGCCCUUUCUAGGAAGACCUAUGGAUCUCCCACAGACGAGGCCUGUGUGCAUCCAACACAGUCGCCUCUGAUUUCAGCACCGGCCCUAUUCUCCAGCUCCUCUCACUUCCCAGCCUCUCCCAUGCUCUUUGAGGAUGAUGGCAGCAUUGGGCACAUUCUUCCAGCCAAAAAGUGCAAAGCUAGAAGAUGCACAAACAUGUCCAUCAGCAAAUCCUACACAGUGCAGCUUGAUAGUGCUGAUAUCAGGUAAACAAGCAACAGCUUUUCUUCUCUGGGCCACCAAAGGGAAGCUACUCCUUGCCACACAGGUACUGCCUCACCUGGUGCUGGUGCAGACACCUCUCUGCUUGCAUGCUCUGGUUCACACCUUUUUGCAUAACUCCUGAUGGAAAGGAGUCCCGGGUGGUGCCCAGAGCUGGAUUGUGUCACCAGCCCUCACAAACCAUUGGGUUUAGUUCACAUAUGGGGGCUAAGAAUAAAAGGCUCUUUUGGAAAUUUUGCUUAUGAAACUAAAUGGAGAAACUGCAGCUUUGAAGACUGGUCUGUAUAAGCUUGUACUUUGAUGUGUCCUAUGGCUAUAAUUCCUUCACCUCCUUUUGCAGCUUAUUCUGCUAUUGUGACCCUAGUCUGCAUUUCAUGUAGAAGGUCCCUACUUGAAACUUGCCAGAUGCAGUCCUGGGCUUAUUGCUUCUCUUUAGCUGAAUUAAGUGGGAACGACUUUGGCAGUGUAUUAGCAAUCUCUUUUCCUUCUGUUAAUUCAGUCUCUGAGUUUAAUCACAAUGACCUGAAACAUGUUUGGGGGUUGAGUGGUUUUUUAAUUAAUUUUUGUUUUUGUUUAAUCAAAGCUGAACAAUUCCCAUUGUAUUUAGAGCUGUGAUACCCAGUUCCACAAGUACUAGAUGAAUUUGUCCCAUCUUGUUUCUUGGUGAUGUUCAGAAAUAUAAUUUGUGUCAUCCUAAA